AUGAUUCCAAUUUUCUUCCUGGCCACUCUUUGCUUGGAGGUGGUCUCAGCUGCUCCAACACACGAUCCCAAUUUCGAUGCUGUAUGGCAGGAAUGGAAGACAAAACAUGGGAAAACAUACCAUAUGAGUGAAGAAGGACAGAAGAGAGCGGUGUGGGAGAACAACAUGAAAAUGAUUGAGCUGCACAAUCAGGACUAUCUUCAGGGGAAGCAUGGCUUCAGCCUGGAGAUGAAUGCCUUUGGGGAUCUGACCAAUAUAGAAUUCAGGGAAUUGAUGACUGGCUUUCAAAGCAUGGAACCCAAUGAGGAGAACCUUUUCCAGGAGCCUUUGCUGGGAGAUGUCCCAAAGUCUGUGGAUUGGAGAGAUCAUGGCUAUGUGACUCCUGUGAAGAAUCAGGGUCGUUGUGGUGCUUGCUGGGCUUUUAGUGCAGUUGGUUCCCUAGAAGGACAGAUGUUCCGUAAAACAGGCAAACUGGUCUCUCUGAGUGAACAGAACCUAGUGGACUGCUCCUGGUCAUAUGGCAACCAAGGCUGUAAUGGUGGCUUGAUGAACCUCGCCUUCCAGUAUGUGAUUGAAAACAAAGGCCUUGACACAAUGGUCUCCUAUCCAUAUGAAGCACAGAAUGGACCCUGCAGAUACGAUCCUGAAUAUUCUGCAGCUAAUGUCACAAACUAUGUAAAAAUCCCAUUGAGUGAGGAUGCUCUGAUGACGGCCGUGGCCACUGUGGGCCCCAUCGCCGUUGGAAUUAAUAGUCAACACCAUUCCUUCAGGUUCUAUAAAGGCGGCAUGUAUUAUGAGCCAAACUGCAGCAGCACUAGUCUGGAUCAUGCUGUCCUGGUGGUUGGCUACGGUGAAGAAUCAGAUGGCAGGAAAUACUGGCUGGUCAAGAACAGCUGGGGUGAAAACUGGGGCCUGAAUGGCUAUAUAAAGAUGGCCAAAGACCGGGACAACAACUGUGGAAUUGCUACCUUUGCUGUCUAUCCCAUCGUGUGA